AAAAAUAGUGCUUUUGCGGAAAAAAUAAGGCGUAUGUGUGAGUUUUUUUCUGUAUCUAUAUGUGAUAUUGCCGAAGAUUUCAGUGAUAUUGAAACUAAACCAAGGCGUUUUAAAGGUGAACCUGAUGCAGACUUUCAUGAAUUAUUACCAGUUAAAGUUGGUGGAAAGUUGGUGAAACAGUCUCGUUUAAUUAAUAAAUGCGAUGAGGAUGGAAUGCAAGAAGAGGAAAAAGACAAAUCAAAGGAGCCCGAAAAACAGCUAGAUUAUUCGACUCUAACAGCAGCCGAACUAUUAGCUAAAAGGAAGGAGUUGAUAAAUUCGUCGAAACUUGUUAUAUGUAAUUCAUGUUAUGAAAUUUUGGCUGAUCCUCAAAAUGAGAUUUCAAAAUUGCAUGAAUUGCUGCGUUAUUGCACUGGUGAAAAUGUACAUUCACUCGCGAAAAAUGGAGUUAUUCCAUUGGCUCUAGCAUCUCUCAUGCAAGUAUUUGUUGACCUCAUACCUGGCUAUCAUAUUCGCACACCGACGCAAGAUGAGUUGGCUCAAAAGAUGAAGAAAGAAACAAAAAAGUUCUUAGAAUAUGAACUAGCGUUUUUGAAAAUUUAUGUAAAAUACCUUCAAAUAUUGGAGAAAAACGUAUCAAUAUUUAUGAAAGGGAAAAAGGAAUCUAUGGAAGAAUCGGAUUUAACAAAGAAGGCUAUGCUUUCGCUAAAAUGUCUGUGUCGUAUUGUACUUUCCACUCCACAUUUCAAUUAUUCAACGAAAAUUAUUGAUUUAAUUGUUCGGCUUGCGGUUUGCAACAUUCCUGUAGUGAAAGAAUCCUGCUCUACACUGGGCUCUUUGUUCGAAAAUGAUAUUGUUUUUGAGACAUCUGCAUAUGGAACUGGUUCUAUCGCAAAAAUUGUUGUUGGGAAGAAAUGUAAUGUUCCUCCAGAACUUCUUUCGACCUUCCUUAAGCUAAAAAUAAAGGAAGUUAACAACGACAGUAAUAAGAAGAGAGAGAAAACAAGGAUCUUUGGAAAAAAAGUCAAAUUACACAAAGAAAAAGCAUCAAAGAGCAAACAAAAGUACAUAAAACAACUGAAGAAACUCGAAGCAGAUCUCAAAGAAAUUGAAGCUCAGGAGUCUUUCCGCAAAAGAGAUAAAUUUGCCACGGAAACAAUGAACCAUGUAUUUGUUACCUAUUUCCGAAUAAUAAAGAGAAUGCCUACCACGAAACUUUUGAGUCCAGUACUCGAAGGGCUUAGUAAAUUUGCUCACUUGAUUAAUAUCGAAUUUUUUAAUGAUAUUGUUUUUGCCCUUGAAUCUCUUGUUGAACAACAGCGUUUGCGGCUAAUUGAUUCGCUACAUUGUGUUUAUGUUGUAUUUAUUAUUCUAUCUGGCGAAGGUGUUGCAAUAAACGUCGAUCCAUUUUUAUUCUAUCGAUUGUUAUAUAGGCUACUGCCUGGUAUUCCCUUUGAAAGUGAUCCUGUUGUGCUUGGUCGAAUUUUGUCUUUAACUUUGCGUUCACUUAAUAUUAUGUUUAAUGUUCGACGGAAGUGUGUUUCACCUGGUAGAGUUGCGGCUUUCAUUAAGAGAUUGUUGGCGAUUACUUUUCUUUUACCUUGUCAUGGUGUAAUUGGUGUCUUACUGAGCCAUCCGAAUUUGCUAUCUCUCGUUGAAGAAAGUGAAGGGAUCUACUGCGGUGGAAAUUUUAAUGCUUCUAUUGAUGAUCCUGAUUACUCAAACGCUCAAACAUCCAGUAUUAUAGCGGAAUUAGAAAUUCUUUCGAAACAUCAACAUCCUUUAGCUGCGACUUUGGCGUGUCAUUUACGUAAUGGUUUGCCAUCUGUGGGGCGUUCUCGAUUAAAUUCUCAAAUAAUCACUAAGUUAGUUUAUUGCGUCUCAAAUUUUUUUAUAAAUCUUGCUAUCCUACUGGCAUAA